GGAACGAGAUGAGCAGCGCCGGCGCCGCUGCAAGAUGCUGGAUGGACACGUCCUGCUGGGAUGGCUCUCCUCCUGCGCGCUCCUAGGGCUGCUCGCCUGCGCCCCGCGGCCCUCCGCCGCCUACUUCGGGCUGACGGGGAACGAGCCCCUGACCAUCCUCCCUCUGACCUCAGAGAUGGAGGAGGCGGCGGUCAAAGCCCACUACAAGGUGUGUGACCGGCUGAAGCUGGAGAAGAAGCAGCGCAGGAUGUGCCGGCGGGACCCGGGUGUGGCCGAGACCCUGGUGGAGGCCAUCAGCAUGAGCGCCCUGGAGUGCCAGUACCAAUUCCGCUUCGAGCGCUGGAACUGCACCCUGGAGGGCCGCUACCGGGCCAGCCUGCUCAAGAGAGGUUUCAAGGAGACAGCCUUCCUGUACGCCAUCUCCUCGGCGGGGCUGACCCACGCCAUGGCCAAGGCGUGCAGCGCAGGCCGCAUGGAGCGCUGCACGUGCGACGAGGCGCCCGACCUGGAGAACAGGGAGGCCUGGCAGUGGGGGGGCUGCGGGGACAACCUCAAGUACAGCAACAAGUUCGUCAAGGAGUUCCUGGGGAGGAAGCCCAACAAGGACCUGCGAGCCCGGGUGGACUUCCACAACAACCUGGUGGGCAUGAAGGUCAUCAAGGCCGGGGUGGAGACAACCUGCAAAUGCCACGGCGUGUCCGGGUCCUGCACCGUCCGCACGUGCUGGAGGCAGCUCUCCCCCUUCCACGAGAUCGGGAAGCAGCUGAAGCAGAAGUACGAGACGUCCCUCAAGGUGGGCAGCACCACCAACGAGGCCACGGGGGAAGGGGACAUCUCCCCGCCCAAGAAGUCCGUCCCCGGGCACAGCGAUCAAAUCCCAAGGACUACAGACCUCGUGUACAUCGACGACUCCCCGAGUUUCUGCAUGAUGAGCCGGUACUCGCCGGGCACCUCGGGGAGGAAGUGUUACAAGGACAAGAACUGCGACAGCAUCUGCUGCGGGCGGGGGCACAACACGCAGAGCCGGGUGGUGACGCGGCCGUGCCAGUGCCAGGUGAGGUGGUGCUGCUACGUGGAGUGCAAGCAGUGCACCCAGAGAGAGGAGGUUUACACCUGCAAGGACUGAUGGGGGGGCCCGGCCGUUGUCACCCUCCCGCUGCCCGGCGGGGAGCCCUCGGCGGCGGGCGAGCCGCGCACGGAGACAAACAGGGUUUGACGGACCCUCUGGGAUCUGAACGCUGUGUUGAGACAUGAGCACUUUGUAGGGUACAGGUGACCCAACUGUGUUGCUGUUUUGUUUUGGGUUAUUUUUUUGUUGUUUUAUUUUGUUUUUUGUUUUUUUUUGUUUUUUUGGGUUUUUUUGGUGUUGUUUUCCUGUAGACUGAAUUCCGAUGAGGUCCAACCAUGUGGAAAUAAGUGCCUGUCCCACUGGGGUUAGACACCAGUGGACCUUCACCUUAGUCGUCCACGCAGUUUUGACGGAUCGUUUUUCCUUGGAACAUCUUGGUUGUUUUCACCAAUCCUCCAUGAACUCCUGGGCUGACAGAUUCUCUUUGGCACAAGUUAUCCAUACUACUUUAUUCCUGGAGCUUCUCCAGCUGCUUGCAGAGCUGAGCAGGUACAAAAGAAAGAUCUUUCCGGCACGAAAAGUGAUCGUUCGUCUCUCCUAAAACUGGAGAGAGGGAUGUUGGGCAAUGAUGGUUCCUGAUGGUUCUUCCAGUGGAAUUUCUGCACAGGGAGCAAACAAGGCUCUGACAAAGAGACCCACUGGGAGGGUCAGCUCUUUAGUGACAGCUCCACGUGCAUCGUCACCAAGUACAGCCCCAAAAACUCGUGGGUCCACCACGCUGCAGACAAGAAAUGUAUCCAAGAAAGAGGUUGGGAAGACAAGUAGAAAACCAGCUAUGCCUGUCCCCUCCAGUCCAACCACAUAUUCUUUAUUUAAAAUAAUUCUUCCAAAUGCAGGUUCUUUAGCACUAUCUCUGUCUUAAAUCUAAUUAUUAUAUAUAUUUUUUUUUUUUAAGAACCACUAGAUUCUUUGGUCUCAUUUUUGUGCAUGAUUGAUUUUUUUUUUCCCCUCUCCUCUUCCCACCUCUUGCCGACGGAAUAUUCGCCCUGUGGUAAUUCCGCUUCAGGAAUCUGGAUCUGGAACUUUAUAUUUAGUCUUACACCGGCCGAAUUUUGGACGCGUGUUUUUGGAGGAGGACAAGAGAAAUCCAAGUGCCUCUUGGAACCCAGGGCUGGCCUGCCUUGUACAGCAGCAGUUUGGGCCUGGAUCAGACCUCUGGAGGAGUUGACUUUUCCUUUCCUAGGUCAUCAUUCCAUUUUCUCCCAACCGUGGCAGUGGUACAUGACACAAGCUGUAUGGAAACCCUACGACCUUAAGAUUAUUUUUUUGGUUGGUUGGUUGGUUUUUUUGUUUUUUUUUUUUAACCACUAGCUCGAGAACUGUACUUUCAAAAAGGCAAACUCUUGGAUUUGGAAUAACCAAUGGACACACAGUAAAGUGGCCAGAGAGGGCAGGAAUUUGACUGCAGUGGUAGAUCAAUCCCAGUGCUGUGAAACAGAUGACAACCUUCAGCUUUUCUUGUUUUUUCCUGGGAAGAGGAGACUCACAAUCCAGGACUUGAUGCAACAAUAUUCUUCACUCGUUAUAAAAAACGGAUUGGAAGCAGCCAGUGGAUGCCUCAACGAAGCUUCCUAAGGAAACAAUGGAGUGUGGAGGGCGUUUAAUUUGAUUUUUGGUGGCAAUUUUUCAUUGCCCAGUGGCGAUUUCCACCAAUCUUGUAUUCAAUCCUUUUCUCAAAAGAGGAAUUUUUCCACCAUUAGUAGAAAUCAGCAAGGAAAAUGAGAGCAAUUUUCCAAGAUGGACCAUUAUUUUUCAAAGCCUUUUUCUCCUUAUUUUUUUGUUUAGUUUCGUUAUUUUUCCCGCCACACACACAAAAACAGUCGCCACUAAUUUAAACUGUUCCUGUGCAUCUACUGGGAGGAGAAAAGAUCUCUCUUGUUUUUUCUUGGUAACAAAUAACCUGCAGUUCCAGCCUGGCUCGUUGGCAUCAAAUCAUCUUGAUUUGGGGGCACGGGGAGGGACGGGGUGUUCAUGGCACCGUGCAAAGUGAAGCGAACUGGCUCUUUUUGGCUGUUUUCUUAUUUGCUGUACAAUUCUGGAGGUUUUGGGUAGCGCUGGAGGAGGAGGAGGAGGAAUCCACGCACGGUGGAAUUCCCGUCUUCCACCUCGCAGGAAGGUCUCCCAGUUUUUGGGAGGGGAGGGGGAUGCAGUGCUUUGAAAGUCACCCACGAGCAGUUUUAUCUAAUGGUUUAAAAAAUAAAUGGACUAGAAACUUCUAAUUCAGCGUGCACAUGUGUAUAUGUAUAUAUAUAUUUAUAUAUACACACAUGCCGACACAUAAAUAUAUAUAUAUAUAUAAAUAUUGAACAUUUAUUUAUUGUAAAGCCCUUCAGAAGGACCUUCUUAUGGUUUCAUUGUGGUAUUAUGUUAAAUUCUCUUUCUCCCUCUGUCUCUCUCUCUGUCUCUCACACGUAUGUGCAAACCCACUGUUACAUUUUUAUGUGUUUUUUAGGAUAGCUCUUCCCCUCCUAAAGUUAAAGCUGGGCCCAAAACCUCCUCAAGACACGAGGAAUUUUGGGGUCUGAAUUCCUAUUUCUGGCUCAUUUCUUUUUAUUAAAAAAAAAAAGAAAAAAGAAAAAAAGAGUCCUUAAUUAAAGGAUGGGCCGCAACUUAUGUGCAUUAUUAUUGUUAUUAUUAAUUAAUUAUUAUUAUUAUUAUUAUUUUUAUUAUUGUUAUAUUUAAACCCUGGGCCUCAUUUUCCCUCUUUUCACUGGUGUCUCUGCCUCCAUUGACCUUGGCUGGAGUAAAUCCACGUUGCACUGGUGUGAGAGGAGAAUGAGUCCCUAGGACAGGAGAGAGGGUGGUGGUGGCAUAAAUAUCCUUGGAGAGAAAAUGCUGGAGUGGGAUGGGAUAGGGAAGCUCGGUGUGUUUGUGUGGGGGAGAGAGAGAGAGAGAGAGCUGGGUGGGAAAUGAGGCAAGGUUGUCAAAGCUUGACUAGAAGAAAGCAGCAAAGAGUGAAUGAACUACUGAGUGAAAGAGCUCUUCUGUGUGUUAGAACUCAGCACUGAAGCCUGAAUGCUUUCUGUAAGUAUUUACAAAAAAAAAAAAAACAGGAAAAAAAAAAAAAACAAAAAAAAAAAAAAAAAAAAAAAAUAAUGCAAAACCACCACAAAAAAAAACCAACAAAAUUGUAUUUAUGUUAAUGUUGUUAUAUUGCCUGUUGUAUAUUGUAAAUAGCGAGGUUUAUUCUCCUGUGGUUUAAAAAAAAAAAAAAAA